CACCCAAAACAAAAAAAUAAACCCACAAAUUUGCUCCCAAAACAGCAAUCCCUCGCCCUUCUUGCUAUAAAGCCUACCUCCACCGUUCUCCUUAAAUCCAACUAUGUCCGUACAAUCCACUCAGCGCCAUUUUUUCCCCUCUGCCAAUCUUCUAUUUCUUCGACCAGUAAGCCAAACAUAAAUUAAAAAGAAAUGGGGGCUGGGAGAGAAGUAGCAAUAUCACUGGAUAGAGUGAGGGAUAAGAACGUGAUGCAGCUGAAGAAGCUCAACACUGCUCUCUUCCCUGUUCGCUACAACGACAAGUACUACGCUGAUGGUCUCGCUUCUGGCGAAUUCACCAAGCUUGCAUAUUACAGUGAUAUCUGUGUCGGAUCAAUUGCUUGCCGGCUCGAGAAGAAGGAAGGGGGGGCCAUUCGUGUGUACAUCAUGACAUUGGGUGUUUUAGCACCAUAUCGUGGCGUAGGCAUUGGUACAAGGCUAUUGAACCAUGUUCUUGAUCUCUGUUCGAAGCAAAGCAUACCCGAAAUUUAUUUGCGUGUUCAAACAAACAAUGAAGAUGCCAUCAACUUCUAUAAGAAAUUUGGAUUUAAAAUCACUGAGACAAUCAAGAACUAUUACACAAACAUUGACCCCCCUGACUGCUUUGUUCUUACCAAGUUCAUCACUCCAUCUCAAGCAAAGAAAUAACAGCUCAAAGGUAGUACCGCUCUCAGGAGUCCUUAGUUAUUGUUGUCUUUUUUAAUUUUAUUAAUUCUUAUGGAUUAUUUUGAUGAUAAGGAUGCCGUAAUGCAUUAAUGACAUGAGUUAUGGUCGGUUUUAUCUCUGUGCCCUGUGCUUUAUCUUAUGAGCUGAAAUUUUGUUACUUGUCUUGUUCAACCCUUUUGUUGGUCGGUCUGGCCAGCUGGUCAAUAUGAUUAAAUGGCAUAGUUGUAUAAUUGAGCAUCUGAAGUCAGCUCCAACAAGUUGCAAUGACUACCUUUUUCCUUUUAUUAGUCUGAAUUUGAUCCAAUUGCUCUAGCUAUGAUGGAUGUUACCAGAAUGCUUACUAAAUCUAGUGUCUUUUAGUAAAAGGGCUAUUCCAAAAUUUUGGCCCUCUUUGAACAAGAAUGGUUUUGCCCCUUAUUUGUUCAUAAUUUGUCCCCAUUUUCACCAACGUACAUGUAGCAAACUUUUGUCAAUGAUCUUCGUAUGGAGUUAUAGAUAUGCUGUUACAGAUUACAGGUGGCCUUGUCGUUGUACUUUUUUUUUUUGGUAGAUAAGAUCUCCCAGGAGGUCCCACUGCCACUUUAUAGAUGUAGAACUUGCUUGGUUCUUGGCUUGAUGAUUCCUUCCAUUUAUAAGGAAUCUCGGACUUAGGGAACCAUAGACCAAAUUCAGAC